CAUCUGUACCACGCAUUACACAGUAACGCAGUUCUAGGCGCUGUUGCACAUCAGUCAAUGAGAAUUUUGAAGUUCGCUAUAGAAUUGAGGUUCAAGCCGAACGAAAGAUCAUUUCGAUAUUCGAAUACAGCGUUACACAUUGCAGUAACACACAAGAGGUUGGAUAUCACCAGAUAUUUACUGGACAACGGUGCUGAUGUUGAGGCAUAUAACAUAUUUUGGGAAACACCCUUGUUCUCCGCCAUUGAAUCCAAAAAAAUUGAGCAGGCGAUUAUACUCCUUCAGUACGGAGCGGAAAUAGAUUCAAGGAAUAGAGAUGAUAAUACAGUGCUGCACAUUUUAUGCUCUCAAGAGGAAGGAAUCGACAUGGAAAUGUGCGAGUUUUUGAUUGAUUGCGGACUUGACCCUAACUUGACGGGAAAAUUUGGGCAGACUCCAUUGCAUAUGCUUGCAAAGAACAAUAAAGCACCUCAUGCAUUGGAAUGUGCCAAACUAUUAAUAGAGAAGGGAGUUGAUGUAAAUUCCAAGAAUGUAUUCGGCGAAACUGCUCUUCACAACUUAGCAGAUUAUUGUGAAGACUACACCCCAUUUUUCGAAUUGCUUUUGAAAAGUGGGACUGAAACAAAAAUUAUUAAUCAUUUCGGAAACACCUUUCUUGAUAUAUUAUUACUAGAUGAAAUUGAGGCUAGAAGACAACAAAUACUUAAACAUCUAAUUAUAUUAGAUUUUACCGGAAAUUUUCAAUACAACGUUGACAUAACCAGUAUCAAUAAUAUAAAAGAUUUAUUAUUCCAAUAUUAUUGCAUACAAGAAUUGAACCUGUUAGAGACAUACAAAAUAGCAGCAUUUCAAACAGUACCAGAAUAUUCAUAUAUGAAAAUACUUAUUUCGACUAAUAAGGAAGUGAGCAAAUUUGGCCAAAAUCCAAUUAUACAGUCAAUAUUUUCUGAAUUCGAUGAACAACAAUUCCCAAUUUACGGCUGUGACCUGAAAAAAAAAAUUCAGUCUGGAUUACGACUAUUUUUUGAAGAAGAAAGAGCUUAUGAAUUUUUAUCAAUCAUCUCUAAGGGAGUGCUACAUUAUGAUGUCAUGAUAGAAAUCAUGAAAUAUGUCCAAGCUCAAGAAUUGUCAACAUUACAAAAAUAUCUAUUGACAAAACCGAUCGAAUCUGUUUCGUCGAAGAAACACAAAGAAGGAAGAAAGGAAAAUAUUAAAAAAAGUAAAAAAGUGAAAAAAGUCAAAAUUAAUACAACUAAAUAUAAAACUAGAAGGUAUAAAAAUAUAUGA